AUGUCCAAUCUUCGAGAGGAUCGAUUCUUUAUUGAAAUACCAUUUGUUUCACAAAAGCAAUUCUAUCAUAGUGAGUUUUUGAAGCACUAUGAUCAAACAGUACGACAUCCAGCGAAGUACGAUGUAAUUAAUUCCUUAAAAUCUUUACCUUUCAAUUAUGGUAACACUCAUUUGGUACACAAAGCUAUCGCAGACGAACCGGAGGAACACGAUGUGAUUCGUACGUAUACCUCUGAUCUUGAAUAUGGUAAUCAGUCCUUUUACGCGUUCGUAAAUAAGCAACUGGCAAACGAUGCAGGGCAUAUACUUGUUAAACUGAUGCCGUUAAUUCGCAGAGCUACUUUUCAAAUAAACUACAAACCUCCACUUAACGAAUGUGUUGUCUAUCGUUGUAUGCGGUUGACUAACAAGCAGAAGGAACAUUUCAAGACUAAUACGGUUUUUCGAUUUCCCGGAUUCACAUCAACAUCCAAAUCUAAGACUGCUGCCAAAAAAUUCGGCUCAGUAUUAUUCGAAAUUCACAUUCCUGCCGGAUGUAAACAAGUUAGAAACAUUGCAGCAAUUUCACAUUUUAAAGAUGAGGAAGAAUACGUAUUUUCCCCUUAUUCAUUGUUCAAAGUUACCGGAAGAACGUUAGAAUGCAUUAUACUGAAAGCAAUUGAUAAUAAAUCCAACAUUGGAAUGGAUGAUCCAUCACCAGCGGAUAAACCUUCCAUAUUACUAGCAGACGAACCAAUGCUGACAGAUGCCGCAAAACCUACACCGAAGCCAAACAGAAAUAAAUCCAGCGCUUGUGUUAUAUUAUGA